AUGUCGAACCCCGGGACGCGCAGGAACGGCUCCAGCAUCAAGAUCCGUCUGACAGUAUUAUGUGCCAAGAACCUUGCAAAGAAGGACUUCUUCAGACUCCCCGACCCCUUUGCAAAGAUUGUUGUGGAUGGAUCUGGGCAGUGCCACUCAACGGACACUGUGAAAAACACACUGGACCCAAAGUGGAACCAGCACUAUGAUUUAUACGUUGGGAAAACUGACUCUAUAACCAUCAGCGUGUGGAACCACAAGAAAAUUCACAAGAAGCAGGGAGCUGGCUUCUUGGGCUGUGUGCGGCUGCUCUCCAAUGCCAUCAGCAGAUUAAAAGAUACCGGAUACCAGCGUUUGGAUCUAUGCAAACUAAAUCCCUCAGAUACUGAUGCAGUUCGUGGCCAAAUAGUGGUCAGUUUACAGACGCGAGACAGAAUAGGCACUGGAGGGUCUGUGGUAGACUGCAGAGGACUCUUAGAAAAUGAAGGAACCAUGUAUGAAGACUCCGGGCCUGGAAGGCCACUCAGCUGCUUCAUGGAGGAGCCCGCCCCUUACACAGACAGUACCGGUGCUGCUGCUGGUGGGGGGAACUGCAGGUUUGGGGAAUCCCCGAGUCAAGAUCAAAGGCUUCAGGCACAGCGGCUCCGAAACCCCGAGAUCCGAGGGUCCCUCCAGACGCCUCAGAACCGCCCGCAUGGCCACCAGUCCCCGGAACUGCCCGAAGGCUACGAACAAAGAACAACAGUGCAGGGGCAAGUUUACUUUUUGCACACACAGACUGGAGUGAGCACAUGGCACGACCCCCGAAUACCAAGAGACCUUAACAGUGUGAAUUGUGAUGAACUUGGACCACUGCCACCAGGUUGGGAAGUCAGAAGUACAGUUUCUGGGAGAAUAUAUUUUGUAGAUCAUAAUAACCGAACAACCCAGUUUACAGACCCACGGUUACACCACAUCAUGAAUCACCAGUGCCAACUAAAGGAGCCCAGCCAGCCGCUGCCGCUGCCCAGCGAGGGCUCGGUGGAAGACGAGGAGCUUCCCGCCCAGAGAUACGAGAGAGAUUUAGUUCAGAAACUGAAGGUCCUCAGACACGAGCUUUCGCUUCAGCAACCCCAAGCCGGUCAUUGCCGCAUCGAAGUAUCCAGAGAAGAAAUAUUUGAGGAGUCUUAUCGCCAGAUAAUGAAGAUGCGACCAAAAGACUUGAAAAAGCGACUAAUGGUAAAAUUUCGUGGAGAAGAAGGUUUGGAUUAUGGUGGAGUGGCGAGGGAGUGGCUUUAUUUAUUGUGCCAUGAAAUGCUGAAUCCAUAUUAUGGGCUUUUCCAAUACUCUACGGACAACAUUUACAUGUUGCAAAUCAACCCAGAUUCCUCCAUCAACCCUGACCACUUGUCUUAUUUCCAUUUUGUUGGUCGGAUCAUGGGUCUGGCUGUGUUCCAUGGACACUACAUAAACGGGGGUUUCACAGUCCCCUUCUAUAAGCAGCUACUGGGGAAACCCAUCCAGCUCUCUGAUUUGGAAUCGGUGGACCCAGAACUACAUAAGAGCUUAGUGUGGAUUCUAGAGAACGACAUCACCCCGGUGCUGGACCACACUUUCUGUGUGGAGCACAACGCCUUCGGGAGGAUCCUUCAGCACGAGCUGAAGCCCAACGGCAGGAACGUGCCCGUCACCGAGGAGAACAAGAAAGAAUACGUCCGGUUGUACGUAAAUUGGAGGUUUAUGAGAGGAAUCGAAGCCCAGUUCUUGGCUCUCCAGAAGGGGUUUAACGAGCUCAUUCCUCAGCACUUACUGAAGCCCUUCGACCAGAAGGAGCUGGAGCUGAUCAUCGGCGGCCUGGACAAGAUAGACCUGAGCGACUGGAAGUCCAACACACGGCUGAAGCACUGCGCGGCCGACAGCAACAUCGUCCGGUGGUUCUGGCAGGCGGUGGAGACCUUUGAUGAGGAGAGGAGGGCCCGGCUCCUGCAGUUCGUGACGGGGUCCACCCGCGUCCCCCUCCAAGGCUUCAAGGCUCUGCAAGGUUCUACAGGCGCCGCAGGGCCCCGGCUCUUCACCAUCCACCUCAUCGACGCCAACACAGACAACCUGCCGAAGGCCCACACCUGCUUUAACCGGAUCGACAUUCCACCUUAUGAGUCUUACGAAAAGCUCUACGAGAAGCUGCUGGUAGCGGUGGAAGAGACCUGUGGGUUCGCUGUGGAGUGA